UUUCCACUUGUUACACCUUCGCCACGGCAACACACAAACCAUCGAAGUGGUCGAGAAAUCACUUUGAAAAGAGUGAAUGUUAGUGUGUGUGUAUGUGUGAAUCUAUGUGCGAAUUUUCCAGCUAGUUUUCCACGACAUCGGGAUUGCUUAGUGGCGCAAGGGAUUCCUUAUUCUACCGUUAGCUCUUUCCUUCAAUGGGGAAGAAUUCACUAUCCUUGUAAAGAAUGUGGAAAAUCCAGAGAGCAAACAUCUUCGGCGGGGAAAUUGGCACACUUUCGCUCUCAUUUUGCACGCUCUCUCUCUCUCUCUUUCUAAGGUUCGGGAUGAUCCUUGAUGGUAAACGUUUGGUCAUUGCAUACGCAUCAAUCUUCCUACAUUCUACGCUGAGCACUCAUUCCAGCGUUUACCAUCAACACGCGUCGAUCGUUGCAACGAGAACCGCGCGCCAUUCGCUGGCGGACAAUCGACUGCGAGAGCCAACGAGACCGAGCAGUCCCAAUUCCCAGUACUGCCCCAGACAGUCAGUCAGUCAUUCAGUCAGUUCGGCAAGGAUAACGCUCCGAAACGGUCGUCCUUGAUUGCAUCGGUGCUCCGAUAAAGGGGAGCGUGCGCUUCGAUUGUGCUUCACUAAGCAUUGCUUUCCCGGUUGGUGGUCAUUAAGUGUGUGUCUCUGUGUGUGUAUGUGUGCCCGUAUAAACUGAUGUGUUUUUCAUGGAACGUUUUUUCGAACGCGUCAUGGUACAAGUUCGCGUGAAAAGAGCAUGUUCUAAACAUGACAUUUGCCAAUAGACCAACGAUGAGAGUGAGUGAAGGUGGUACCAUGAAAGAAAGGAAUUGAAUCACAACAAGCAACCUAAACAAUAGUACCCUCUGGCAAACAUGUUACGUCAGCAGCACCGUGAAACAGAAGAACGAUAAAAUAAAUCGCUUCCAAUACCCUCGCUACCGGUUACAACACCAGUGCUGCCGCAAUGGAAGAUGGACAGUCUCGCAAAUCCACCAACGGUCAUGGACAUCCACGGCAAACACGCGAUCUUAAGAAAACACAUGCCGAUUCUUGGCCUAGUACCACCAAAAGGACGUCCUUACCAGCUAGUCCCAAGAUCAUCAAGACCACUGACGAUGACUCGAGCGUUGGAGACGUUUUCGAAUACUGCCAGCAAACGUCCGCCACUACGCCAUCGACGGUGGAGAUCGAUUUUGGCGCCAUUAGUCCACGGUUUGAACGCAAACGGUUCGAGUUUUGUUAUCCCUCCGUAUCGAAGGAAGACUUCUCCAACAGCAUAUCAAUCGACACACACGACAUUGAUCGUAAGAAAAAACGAAUUUAUCCCAGCAAGACUCCCGACAACUCACUUGAAAAUGAAUCCAUUCUUGAUGGUUCGAUGGCGAGCUGUAGCUCCCCGGGACAUAGUUCAUCCGCUAGGGCCAAGUCUCCGUCGCAUUCUCCGCGGCUUUCGCGCCGCCAGCUAAAUAGCGAAAUUAUCAACAUAACCUCAAACCCUGGCUACCAGGUUUUAAGAAAUUCCCACUCAACGCUCGAUCGCACCUGCUCCGACAGCGUCGUUUCACUGACAUGUCGCAAAUCGACCAGCGAUCUUACCCAAACGAGCGAUAUCGGCAUGAGCGGUAUGGGGUCGAUGGGCGGACGACAAGGAAGACGCAGAAGCAGCCACAAGGGAGGGUUAGCAUUCCUGGCCAGCAGGAAGGGAUCGCGUGACUCGAUCAAGAGUGCAGCUUCAAAUACGUCCGUUUUCUCCAACGAAGAUAUCGGACCGCUAGCGUUCCAGGCAUCGGCCCGCGGUCGUCAGCGGAGAACGUCCAACUUUCUAGAGCUUCCCGUGCCGGACCAUGCGAGACCGCGCGUUUGUUCAUUGCCCGAGCGACCGUACAAUCCACGCCAGAGCGACGAUCUAUAUCGGUUGCGUCACUUUUCGAUCAGCAAAGGAACGGUGGUCAACUGCGGCGACUCGAUCAUAUCACGAAGAUCCAAGAGUAAUACCAGCGUCAACUCUACGGCAAGUCGCGCCAGUGAAAGGUCACCAUUCGAGGGAUCCUGUUGUGGCGGAGGAUAUGCUACCGUGGAUUCACUUCCUUCAUCUCAUGGCGAGGACGACGAAAGUGAACCAAUUCCUACAAGGUAUCGUGUAGUCAUGUUGGGCGAUUCGGGUGUUGGUAAAACGGCCCUGGUUUCACAGUUUAUGACAUCUGAGUACAUGCACACAUACGAUGCCAGUCUUGAUCGGAAAGAUGAUGAGUUUGGUGAGAAGACCGUUAGCGUGCUGCUGGAUGGUGAGGAGUCGGAGAUGAUAUUUAUCGACCAUCCGAACGUGGAAAUGAGUGUGGAAAACUCGCUCUCGACGUACGAACCGCAUGCCUGCGUUGUUGUCUACUCGAUCGUCGACCGGAACUCGUUCCGAGUGACGGAGGAAAUACUCAACUAUCUGUGGUCCGAGCACUACACGAAGGAAAAAGCGGUCAUCAUAGCGGCAAACAAAUCCGACCUGGCUAGGGCACGAGUCAUAACCACAGCCGAGGGAAAGCAGUUGGCAACGUCCCGUGAAGCAAAGUUCAUCGAAACGUCCAGCGGAAUUCAACACAAUGUCGAUGAGCUGCUCGUAGGCGUCCUUAAGCAGAUACGCCUCAAAGAGCAGAGAGAAAAACGUGCCAGUGCAACGAAUCUGCGCAACUCCCGUACGCAGAUGUCACUGCACAUUGCAAAAGAGAUUUUACACAAAAUUUGUCUUACCGACAUCACCAAAUCGAAAAGCUGCGAAAAUUUACACGUACUUUAAAUAAGCUUACGAAAUAAUGAAGUGAGUUAGUUCUGCAGCAAUGGAAGCCGUUUGUCGUCCUCUUAAGCCAACCGUACAUACAGGACUGCAUUACCACGGUGAAGCAUAAUUUGUUAUUUAGUGCCAAACUAGAGAUUUGGGGGAAGAAGGGAAAUAAUUGGGGUAGUCUUGUGAAACAUGACUUCGAUUGUCGCUCGAAACCGAGCCAAACUGCUGGCUGAACAGCAACGUCGGCCUAUGAUGAACAUUUUCCCACCGAGAAAGAAGAAAUCAGGCGACCAAACAGGAAUAAAACAAGCGAACGAGUGUGUCUGUGUGUAUCGGAAAAGCAACCGGAAAGAAAGUUUUGAACGCAAAGCGAAGGGAAAAUAUAAGUAGUCGAUGGUGUUACAUGUACGAUGUUUCUAAACAAACGGGAAUUUUUGUGUUAUUGUUAGUGUAAAACCCAAAAACAAAUUGUCAACAUUUGACAAACAUUAACAUUUGGAGACUUACACGAAGGAAGCCUAAAGAAAAUACUGGAAGACUCGCGUACGCUAAGGAAUCUAUACUGCGCGAUCUCUAGCAUAUCGCAGCAAAGACUGGCUAAUAUAGCUCUAUUUACUCACGCACAACCACUCUCGCUCACACACGAGUUACUUAUAUACUGGCCGUUACGCAUGCACAUGCACCGAUACAAUCUUGAUGGAAGGAAAACUAAGCUAACUGUUUCGAAAAUUGUCGAAAAAGAUCUCUUAUCAUUAAGAUGCGUACCAAUUGUGGUAAUCAUGUUUCUAGCGACAAACUAUUUGAAGUGUAUUGAUAUGAAAAUGUUGUCACACUGGUUGCAGAACUUUAGGCGCUUUGUCUCAAACAUACGCCUACAGUUAGGCAAUUUGUACAACCAAUUGGCUUUUUUAGUGUGUAUAUUUUGCCAUUUCAAGUAAGGUAGUCAUCCGCGUGCUCAUUUUUCACUGUUGGAAAUUGGAUUAGGGCAGGACCGAUAAGGGAACUCCUCUGUACGAUCACUCGAGAGGAGCUCGACUGGUGUUAAUCGUAGCAGGUUAUCUUUACAAAUUACUAAUUGCAACAACAACAAAAUAUUACCUAUAUACAAACACAUAUAUACAAAAAUAUAGCUAUAUACAAAGAGUAUACACGUGUUAAUAGCCUAUUUACUGUGUGUGUGUAUGGGAUCGCGUGUAAUGGUAACACUGUGUAGCUGUGUUGAAUAAAUAUGCUGAUUUUUCUGAUGCUUUUUAUGGUGCAGCAGUUGAGCAGCAGUGAAGUCUUAAAGAUACAGUUCGAUCACCGUUUAUCGAAGAGCAUUUUGAUUCUAAAUCGGUUCUUAUCCUCAUUGUACCAACCCAAACAGUGAGUGUCACUGCUCUUCAGCUGUGUAAAAUUAUUCAGGCCACUACAGCAUUCCAAUGCCUGUUACAAUCGCACACUGCACUGGUGUGAAGGCGAAAGCAGUAGCGGAACUUUAGUGCUACUGGGCUUUUGAAUUCUCCCAUGCCCUGAUCUAUAUCUAAGGGUUAAAAAAAUGUGUCCCCUUCAGUUAUCUCGCCUUCACUAGCACCAUUUUUCACCGCAUGGGAAGCUGCCACGGGGGUGGAGUUUUAGUCGUAAAAACAAACUGGCGCAAGUUUCUGCCUUCCGUAUCCACGUUCUGGGUAUCCCAUAACGCGUUCCAAGAAAGAGAGCAACCUCGUAAAAUGAAUGCGGUUACUGCCAGAUAAAUUAGAUGCUAGCCGCGGGUGUAGAGUAAAUCGACUUGCAUGCACCAGGCUGCAAGUCCAAUGCACCCUGGUAGCUUUUGGAAGGUAUAGCAUUUCUCUCUCUCUCUCUCUUUUUGUUCUCCGAUCAAUUUUAAUCCAUAUGUUUUUUAUCAAUCGUUCCAUACAUUGAGAAACCAGACGCUUCACGUGAAUUUGUCAUAGUAAGGAAUAUUACUCUAAUAAUAUUAAAGCUUUAAAGUGUAUUAUAAAACGACGUGUGCAAUAGAGUGGAACAGAACUAACCAUUAAACAAAGAUUUUCUAUAAAAUUGUAACCUAAGAUAUGAUUUGCCUUUCACUUACUCUAAUCCCUUGUCAGUGAUCAACUUGGUGCAAGGACACUCGGCGCAUGGUGAAAGCUUUAAAUGUAAGCAACACAUAAACCCCCAUACCCUUGCCAUUACUUACUUUUAUGUGCACACCUCUCCAACAAGUUGGCUAAUUUUAAUUAAGCCCCAACAUUCAAACUUGAUGCAUUUAAAUGAUCAAAUAAUGAUGAACCUUAAAAACAUAAUGAUAACCUUUAAAAAGAUGCAGGCAAAGUAGCAAAGAAGAAACACAUGAAGAAUCAUCAAAUUUUAUCAAAUCAAAUAGGGGAUCAAUGAAGAACAAUAUCAAAACAAGCGAAACACAGUACUGAGGUGCGGGAAAGGCGAUAUUUUCGAUUUCUCAAAAGUAAAACGUACAUAGAAGUCGAAAACGUAACAUAAUUGUACUGCGGCCUAAAGGUAAACCAAUCUCAAGCGAUAAUCGAAUGGUUCGAAAAGAUGAUCGAAAUCGAAAAAAGUUCUGGUUGAGUAUUUUGAGAAAAAAAAGUUGUAACCGACCACAACGAGCAACGAUAGUGGAGCCCAAAUUGAGCGGAACCCAAAUAAAUUGCAGUUCUACUUACGUGAAACUCUUGGGCAGCACUGAGGUGUGGCAUACACAGCCUGUAAGAGACAGAGUUGGAAGAAGAAGGAACAUGAUGAGAGAAUCAAAUUGUAAAAUUUAUCGAUAAAAUGCAACGUCAGUUUCCAAAGACCUAAAAAGAAGAAAUCUACAAAUGUUACAAUUUCUGCAAGUAAAACGUUUUCGGUAGAUUGUUUGUAUAAAAUACUGCAAAAAAUCUGUCAAUUAUUGCUCGGUGGAGAUUAUUUCGAACGCUACGUCUGUUUUGAAAAGGACAAAACAUGUGCAUUGAUCUAUGUAACGCAUCAGAUCAACCUUAGUAAAAAGUUAUCUAGAAAGGAGGGUGUGGAAGGACUCUACGAGCGUGUAUAACAGUGUCUGUGUGUGAUUGUGUUUCUGUGGUUAGUUGUUAUGUAGAGUAUACAAAACAAAACAAAAACAUGAAUCCCGUAUAUUACAGCUCCUAGCGUACUUCUUUACUAAUUGUGACAAAGUGCUGAUGUAAAAGAUUCCUAACUAAAUGGGCUAAUAGUGUUAGGAAACGGAAAACUAAGUGAAAUGCUCCAAACAGGACAAUGUUAUUCCUUUUUGUUAAACAAAGCGAGUGUCUCCGAUCGCUAUGUUCAGCUAGAAAGAUAUGAAGAAAUCUUUCCUACUCUCUUAUAAGCAUGGUGGUUUAUAAUAGAUCUAUUUUUAUGUAUACACAAAAUGUGACCACAAUACUAUCAAUAUUCUAAUCGUCUUACGAAAAGCAUUAUCUGGAUGAAAUUUUUGCAGCUAAGUUAGUAUGGCUUUAGUUCGAUUCACUGUGGAACAAAGACGAAAAAAUCAUCAUCUAUUGCAAAUGAUUUGACUUACCACGUAAUAAAGACGAAAAAAAACAAGUUUAACUAAGGGAUGAUUCAACUAUUAAGUAACGCUUAGGAUUGUUAAUGGAUCUGCUCGUUUCUUUUGUUCAGUCGUUAUGUUAAACGAUCGUAUGACAGUAAUUUCUUGGAAAAUACUUUGCUUUGACAUUCGAGACGCGAUCCUUUACUUAAAAAAGUUGAAAGAUUAUUUCCCCUUCAUACGAUAUAAUCAUACCAGUUAUAAUCAUAAUCAACACUAGGAAGGCUACUAAAGGGUACAAGUGAGUGUUUCACCACCCCCCCCCCCCCCCCACCCCCUUCCCACAUCCUUAUUCAAUUCCUUCCAGUGUUACGUAAUAGUUGAAUGAUCCCUAAUGGGAAGAAACUGUAACGUUAAGGAGUUACACACGAAACGCUUCGUAAUAUUUUCCGAGCUGAAAUACUGAAACUGAUGUAAACUUUCACACUGAAAUCGAUAUAUACAUGCAUAAACACAUUAAUAUAUACAUACAUAUAUAUAUUUAAAAGAAUGUUUAAUAAAAAUUAAGAGCUAAACUUUAAAACUUUCGUGAUUUGCUUUUAUUCCUUAUUGUGCAUGGCAGACCCGAAACAACUAAACUUCUUGCAGCGGACGAGCAACAUGAACAUUUGAUUGAUCAUUUCAUUCUCUUCAUCGUGAUUACUCGCCUUGCUUAGCCAAAUAAAUUACGACCCAUUUUGAAAACAUGACCCAAUCGUGGCGCCAUUAAUUGAGUAAAAAGGCUUUAAAGAGAAGUUAGUCAAAAAGCAACUGUUCACCAAACAAAUCGACCGACCAAGAUUAAAGUUAGCUCACCAUCACCAGGAUUAUAUGUACAAAGACUUCAUGAUGGAAGGUCUGUCUGACUGACUGACUGACUUUUUUAGGGGUUGUUGUUCCCCGUCGAUGGGUCGAUGGUAAAAGUCAAAACCAAACUCAUCAAUAAUGCACCAAACCCACACGCACACAGGCAUCAUCUUCGCUCGCGCCUCACGGCGCGGUUUUCCUCUACCGUAACCUACAUUUUAACGUUUGUUUGAGCUACACGAGCUGGACCAUUUUCCCCAUAUAAUUAUUCCUCGGAAGCCCACAUUCAUAAGAGCACCCAUUCUGCUAGGAUGUACACGACGUGUAACGUAACGUGGUAAUGAUGAUAGCAAUAAUAAAGAAUAAUGACAGGCGGGCGAGUGUGAGCCCAGCACAACACCUCGACGUCUGCCACCCCAGCCACCAGUGGCAGUGAAGAUUAAUUUGGUCGGUUUUGAGUUUCCCUGUUGGUUGUUAAAACCACUCGUCGAAAGUCACUAUGAUAAGCGCUGGGUACUCCCCUGGUCGCUGUUAUACCCCCCGGCGUAGGUAUGUAAUGAGACACUCACAGUAGCAAACUCCAUGUGGUUUGCCAGAUUUCCAUCAGAUUGUAUUGAUUUUUCACAUCAACAACACAUCCAAACACAUCGUGGCCGUGCAGAUAAGUAUCAAAACAGAUUUUGGAUUGAUAAUUACGACACAUCGAACGGUUUCUGUGCUUUCCGUAGCAGAAAGAAGCACACGAAAAGAAACAAACUUUUCCAACAGUUUAUCUAACAUAUCCACACAGCUUAAUGCUGAUUAACGCGUAUAAGAUAAAUGCGAAAAUGCGUUGAUUCAUUGUUGUUAUAUCAUUCGCGCAUGGUUGAGUCAAAGUUCAACGCGUCAUUUCGUAGAUUAGGGUAUUUUGAUUCGGUACAGCUUCAUCAGAGUAGGCCAUUGCGAGUGGUUCACUGUUCCCGUUUAAUUGUUUCUUCACACCUCCCGGUACAUUAACAGUGCUGCUGAUCUCGUCCAUUUCUACCGCAAAACUUCUUGGUAAGGUAGCUUGUUAAUAUUACAUUUUACUUCUAUUCUCAUUCUAUGCUCACGCUUGUCUAGUUGGUCACCGUUCGGGAAUUAAGCCUGCCAGACAAAAACAAAAUCCCAAACGGUACAACAAUCUUCAACGGUCAUUCGAUGUGCUUCCCUCGUUAGCAGAUGGAAGGUUCUCGGCACAUUCCUUUCGCGAAACAUAAGUCAGAAUAGCACUUGUUGGCCUACUAUCCACUACUUAGCACCGCCGAAAGAUUAAUGCGAAAUGAUCGAUUGCGACGUCGGUUUUCGCUCGGUAUUCACUUGCCGCGGAACCGAUCGCAACAAUUGGCAUACAUUAAACGAUCGUUCCAACGGUAUUUGUCCUUUAGUUUAACGUCGCGAACGGGAGUCGAAUUGUUAAGUUUGAAUCUUGCGUACAUCUUUCACCUCUCCAUCUUCAUUCCAAUCGCCUUCGUUCUCUCUCUCUCUCUCUCUCUCUCUCUUAUUUUCACCUUUCCAUACCCAUCCGUCAUCCGGGUGUGACCAAGAUUGGUAGAUAUGUUUGGCCGUGCGGUACACGCAUCCGAUCGGUUGUGCACGCAUGGAAGGAGAUCUGGUUAGUACGCCUGACGCAUCAACGACGAUGACGGUAACGCUGACUGACGCUACGUUGAUGGCCAGACCUCGGACACAACGCUUGGACAGGGAAAACCCGCAUGACCUACAUAAAAU